AUGAAUCCCGACGAUUUAGAUGACCCUGAUCUGAGGGCAGCAAUCGCUGCCUCUCUCAGGGAAUCCAGUAAUCACGAAGAGAACAGCCAAAACGGGCGUCAACAUGAAGUUGUUGACUUGACUGCAGAUUCUGAUGAUGAUGUGAUACCCAUAUUCCCCAAGUCAAACUCCGUCAUUGGUUCCGAGACAGAUGGGGAUGAAACCGAUUCGGGCGAGGAAGAUGGCGAUGACGAAGAUGAAGACCUGAAGAGGGCGAUCGAACUGUCUAUGCAAAGUGCCAUAGCAGAUGAAGAUGGCUCUUCGAGACAUCAUUUGUCAUCAAUUGGCAACAAUGACAGCAAGGCAUCUAACACCCCGAUAUCCAGUAGAGCUGAAACCCCAGCAAGCAUACAGGCGCCGACACAAGCAGCUGGCUUAUUGGGCUUGGAUCGAAGACAGAUGGAGAAAGAGCGCCUGGAGCGGCUGAACAAGAGAAAAGCCGAAGAACCUGUAUCGGAUGGCCAACGGGAUGCAAAGCAGGCGAGAACUGGAACGCCUUCAAGAUCUCCCGGUCCUGCUAUAUCAGUGGUUGACUCAUCUUCUGGAUCAAAUUCGUCACGCACAACGCCAGCAGGAAAUGAUCAAAUUCAGAUCCCAUCUCCGACCCCGUCGGUUCAAUUUCCUAACGGAGUCGUUAAGAAAACAUGGGCCUUCGGUUGCCGCCGACAGGGUGAUGAUAUCAAGAUCGAGGAAGUUUUUCAGAAAUCUGACUUACAACUUGCUGUCCUCAGCUCUUUUAUGUGGGAAAUGGAAUGGCUUUUCUCAAAAUUAAAUACAGCAAAAACUCGAUUCUACUUGGUGAUGCAAGCCAAGGAUGAAUCUACACUGAUGUUACUCUUCCACUCGGGAUACGUUCGAAUUGUGGUCCCCACUGCCAACUUGACUCCAUAUGACUGGGGUGAAAUAGGUGGUCUUAUGGAAAAUAACCGCGCAUAUUGCAUUUGUCCACACUAUGUAACCUCCUCUACCCUGACAUCAUGUGGUGGCUCGCAUAUGGGAGAUUCGUGGCGGCGUACAGGGUACUGCGGCUUAGGACGUGCAGUGAACUCUCUUGGUUUGCGAACAUCCAAACCUCUCAACAUCGAUUUUGUCACGUCAUCCGUUGGCUCCUUGACGGACGAGUUCUUGAGGUCCAUAUAUCUUGCAUGCCAAGGGAUAACUUUGUGUCCAGGCGACGAUGGAUCGACGGAAUACGUCCUUCGCACCGCAAAAUCCUUUCCUGUCCGGAGCCGCAGCAACCCUACACAGCUCAUUAACAAGUCUACGGCCGAAGAGUGGAAAGAUAGAUUUAGAGUCUACUUCCCCUCAGAGACAACAGUUAAUGACACAAAAGGUGGACCACAAUCCGCAGGGACGAUUUGCUUUCAAUCAAGGUGGUAUACGGGCCCUAAAUUUCCUCGUCAUGUUCUGCGUGACUGUGUAAGUCAGAGGCUAGGCCUACUGAUGCAUAAUAAAAUCCUCUACGUAAGGCCAGAUGACCCAGCGACGCUACCUGAUAACUCUCAAUGCCGAGCCUGGGCUUAUGUGGGAAGUGCGAAUCUUUCAGAGAGCGCAUGGGGCCGCCUCGUUCAGGAGCGGGCAACAAAGGAACCGAAACUCAACUGUCGAAACUGGGAAUGCGGUGUGCUCAUGCCUGUUAUUAGUAAAGAAGAUGCUGUGUCGGAGCAGAACAAGUCCCCGAACGAUGAAUCCGGGACUAUGCUAGAUGCCUUCAAAGGCAUUGUGCCCGUGCCGAUGCGUCUCCCAGCACCUCAGUACGGGCCAAACCGCAAGCCUUGGUUCAAUUCAGAAAGUGGAAUGUGA